AACGGGUACAAAUUUUGCCCUGGUUAUUGGUGUUGACAUCAUUGUUCACAUACGUUUUUAGCUUACGUGAGGUUAAUGACAAUUCAUAACAAAAUGUCAAAAGUGAUAAAGAAGCAAAUAAAUAGAGGUGGAUUAGUGUAUAUUGUGCUCAAAUUGUGUUCCACCUAUUGAAACCAAAAAUACAUUUGUAAGGAAAUUCCAUCAAAACAUCAUCGAAUUGAUUGUGAUAUUCAGCGGAAAAUUAUUUAAAAUAUAUAAAGUACGCUGUUGAGUUGCAAACUUAUGUGAAUUUGCAUUCCACACAUACAACGUUUUUUUUUUCUUUGUUUGUGCUACUUGCCAGCUUCGCCUUGACGUAAUAGGUGGUGCUUGUCAAACGAUAAAAAGCGAAAGAGCGUAGAAAGCACAGUCCGAAAGCAACCAAGGAGCAAUCAGCGCAAAAUAUUCCAGCCAAAUAAAUUAAAAAAAUUUGUGUAAAUCAACACAUUAAUUGAUAACUUAAGUGAAAUUUAAAACUAAUUCGCUUUAUGUUUUGCGUAUGUAUAUUAAAUUUCAGUACAGUAUCGCCUGUUAUUGUGAUUGAGUUUGGUAGUGCUGCAUAAAAAAAUUUCAAUCGGUGACAAGACGCUCCAAAAGUUGAUUAACUGAGUAUAACGCACACAACACCCCCAAUUUUCAGAAUAUCUAACGCAAACGCACUUGGGACGCUACUCAUACGAGCACACAAAAUCCACACUCGUACGGAGUAGAAAAGAGCAACGAUUUUGCGAAUACCGAUGCAGUCGUAGGCAGUUUCAUAUGCCAGCGCUCUUGCUACUUUCAUUAGAUUGUCAAGAGCCUUCAACGCGUCGAGAGCUACACACCGUGCGUCCGUGCGCUACAUACCGUGACAAAAAGCAAAUUAUUCAGCGCUGACUGGCUCUUUUUUCUUGCUAAAGUGGUAUUGUCGGAAGCACUGUGUUACGUUUCAUAGAAAUCCCGAAAGAAAAAGUUAAUUAUCUGAAAAAUAGUGCUUUUUACGUUAAUAAUAGUAAUCAUAGCGUCUGCAUCACACCAAACUACCCGCCUUGUCGCGCCCACCGCAUUUACGGAUUAACCGCGCGCGUACGCUUUUAGUUGUAAAAGAGACCCUGAGCAAAAAUCGAUUUUUCUAUGAUUUGCACGUUGUUAAAGAAAAUUUGAAAUUGUAUCGAGCUACGCGAAUGGAAAAUAUAUCAAAAGAAAACGCGAAAAAGUUUUGAGCCAAAGGAUAUAAAGGCUGUUUACAAAUUAAAAGAAAAAGUGUAAAAAUUUAUAAAAAUUGCAAAGGAAAAAAUCAAAAGUUUGUGCACCAAACCUGAAAGAUAACUUUUACAAACAGCAGCACGUAAAGAAGAGAUAGGAAACAAAGUGAAAGAAAAACCCGAUACACAAAAAACUUAUCUACCAACAAUCAAAAUUCAAUCCACUCUCAUUCAUUGCUGUUCUAGUAUCAUUUUGCGCUGAUUUUUCCAACACGCCUGAACGUCUCUACUGUUGAACACCUUUUCAACGUUGAGCAACAUUUUCGAGACUGUGCUCCUCUAACAGCGUCAUCGCCUUAAUCGUCACCAUAAACAGCAAACGCAACAGCCAGAUACCAACAAUUUUCGUUCCAGCGCGUGUUAUACCACAAACUAAUAUAGUUUCAUAAAUCCAGAUUUUAUUGAAUAUAUAUGUGUAUGAAUUUGUGAUGAAAUGUCAAGUUAAAUUAUACUUCAAGAAAAUAAGUGACAAAAAUUAUGAAAAUUAAUGUGUAAAUGUGUUUAGCAGAAAUAUCACUAAUCGCUAAACAAAAGUUAGGCAGAAAGUGAGUCAUGCUGCCGUUGCCAUUGUCGCUUAUGCUAUCGUUAUCGUUGCUAUUAACGUCGCCCAAAUUAUUAUUAUAUGUCGCUCUAAAUAUUGUUGUAAAUUGAAUUUCUUGACCGUGAGCAUUGCCUUCAACGCUCCUAUAUACUAAAACGCAUGCUAAAGCAUACCAAUCUGCCCCUACUCUCAAUACGAAGUAUAACAAAAGCGAAAAAUUAAAGAAAUAAAAAGCAACAACUAAAACAUACUCUAAGCAAUAAAAGUUAAGUGUUAAAGUUAAAAUAUUGAAAUAAAGUAAAAUUGUUAUGAAAAGAAUUUAAUAAAAAUAAUAAAUAUCACACAAAACCAAAAUUGCAAACACCGCGGCACAGUCGCUUGUCUAUACAGUUCGCAAUUCGCAAGGAAAAAUCGAUAAUCACAAGUCGAACGAGCGCAAACUGCCGCGCUCGUCCACCCACCACCGCAAAAAAGAAACGAAACGAAACGAAAAGAAAAGAAAUUCAGGCGUGGAAAGUGUUACACAAAAGCGGUGUGCUGGGAGACCGACAAAAUUAGCCGUGAAAAGAGCGAAAAAUCUAAAAGGAAUCGACGUGUACUAGCAAAAUUAAAUUGCUGUAGUGAUGAUAAGAUCAACGAAAAGAUCGUGAUUAAAUUUUCGUUUUAUUGAAAUUGCAUAAAAUCAGUGAUAAGCAAACCAAAAAAUUGACUGCCAGUAAAUAAAAUAAAAAUAAUAACCGCCUUGAAAAAAAAAAUCGAAUCCCUUACCCUUCUAAAAAUAAGGAUUUUCUUGAAAGUUGAGCAUAGCAAAGUCAACGAACGACAUCAACAAACUUCAACGAAAGUCGAAAUCUGAAAAAAAUUAAAUAAUAAUAAUUAAAAAGACACAAAUAAAUAAGUACUUAUUUAUCAGGGAGAAGUAGUUUAACAAAUACUCUGUUCCGAACAGAGCAAAGGUGAAAAAAAAACAAAAGAAAAACUUCUAUUCACACCUUCAUUGCAAUAGAAAAAUAGCUUCAAAAUGACAAAGGACAGAUUAGCCGCACUCCAUGCCGCUCAAUCCGAUGACGAAGAAUCGGAGGAAGUGGCCGUAAAUGUGGAUGCCCAUGACUCGUACAUGGAUGAGUUCUUUAAACAGGUGGAGGAGAUAAGGGGCAUGAUCGAUCGUGUGCAAGACAAUGUUGAAGAGGUGAAAAAGAAGCAUUCAGCUAUACUCUCCGCCCCUCAAUCAGAUGAGAAAACCAAGCAAGAACUUGAAGAUUUAAUGGCCGAUAUUAAAAAGAAUGCAAAUCGUGUGCGUGGCAAACUAAAAAGUAUCGAGCAAAAUAUCGAACAAGAAGAACAACAAAACAAAUCGUCCGCCGAUUUGCGUAUACGCAAAACACAACAUUCAACAUUAUCCCGUAAAUUUGUCGAGGUGAUGACAGAAUAUAAUCGCACACAAACAGAUUACCGAGAACGUUGUAAAGGUAGAAUACAACGACAACUUGAAAUUACUGGGCGUGCAACGACCAGCGAAGAGCUGGAAGAUAUGUUGGAACAGGGUAAUCCAGCUGUUUUCACUCAAGGCAUCAUUAUGGAAACACAACAGGCCAAACAAACAUUGGCCGAUAUUGAGGCACGUCAUGCUGAUAUCAUGAAAUUGGAGACAUCGAUUAAAGAGCUGCACGACAUGUUCAUGGAUAUGGCUAUGUUGGUGGAGUCGCAGGGCGAAAUGAUCGAUCGUAUUGAAUAUCAUGUGGAGCACGCUAUGGACUAUGUGCAGACGGCAACUCAAGAUACAAAGAAGGCGCUUAAAUACCAGAGUAAGGCGCGUCGAAAGAAGAUUAUGAUCCUGUUAUGUUUGACUGUGUUGGGUCUCAUAGUUGCUGCAUAUGUUGGCAUGUCAAUUGGUUUGAAAAAUUAAAGGAAUUACCAAAUUUACACACAUUUAAGCUGUCACAAUUUAUUUCAAUUAUUUAUUUAUUUGAAUUUUGGCAUCACCGCCAGUCAAGUUAAAGCCGCUAGAGUCGCCAACUUUUGUCAGCAAUUGUUGAGGACAACCAUAAAAAUGUGUAUGCCGUUUGAAACAAUACAUAUAUACAUAUAAUAUAUAAAUUUUGAUUGCAAGCGCACUGAGAAAUGAAUAAGAUCACUAGCAUGCCUACGCCAACGCCCGCCGCUAAUUGUUUUUUUUUUUAUUCUGUGUUUUCUCAAAUUUGUUGUUGGCACUUUGGGUGGGCGUGGCUUACUAAAUACAUAUAUACAUAUAUUUGCUUAUUUGGCAAAAUAAUAACUACGCCGAAGUUAUCUUUAAUACAUACAUAUACAUAUAUGUGUGUAUGUACCUUUCACGCACACACACACCGCCCUUGGGAAUGCCACUGCAAAGCAGAAGCAAUUAAGAAAUAAAAAUUACAACAAUUGAAUGCAUUCAGCCAGCACGCACUUUUGAACUAACUUUUUCAGCGACCACCCACCAUUCAAGCAAGUAAACGCACAACAUGCAAAAGCGUAUGGAAAAACUAAAAAAAAAGAAGUUUCUGCAAAAAAGCAACAACAACAACUGCACAGUUAUCACUUUCUCGAACCGGCACAAUUGCACACGCUGCACGAAGAAAUCUUAAAAAUCGAGCAUAAAUGCGCGUCAAAGCAUGUUUUUGCUUAAUAAGCGUAAUAAGCGCCGGCUCCUUCGUAUUAUAUCAAUCAAUCAAAAGAUUGAAAUGCCGCAAAACAUAUAUGUACGAUCAUCGCCAAAAAAAAAAAAAUUCAAUAAUAUAAACAAAACGCAAGCGACUCGCCAACUUAUCAACCAGCCUUCCAACUAAGCUACCAACAUCCUUCGGCCUACCAACUGCAGCCAACUUAGCCACCUGUCGACUGCUACGCAUGUUAGACGCUGACAGCGAAACCAACACCAAUUAACUGCAACUGCUGGAGAGCAAAAAAAUUAAAACGAAAAAAAUUAC